CCGUUAGUAUAUGGAGAAGCUCGAGUGUGUAAUGAGCUCGGAACGGUUCGUUGUCUUGGUGUAAUGUUGUCGGCCCUACGGCGGCCCUAUGUAUGACUCGUUACAUUUUAUCAGUUGGGAUGUACGUUGAGCCACGACGUGGUUGUAAGUGAAGCGGGUCGCUAUUUUCGGGCAGAAAACAACUGGUCUUUACGAUGGAUAGCUACUUGGGCUUAGCACAGAGCAAGGUGAAGCCACGUAGCGUGGUGGACGCAUUUUCGAACCGAACCGCAACGAUAAAAAAGAGACCACCACGCCCGGCAGGAUAUCCGACAACCUCGAGACCCAUAUCGACUUCCUCGGUUGUGAUAGAUACUGCCGCCCAGUUUCGUUAUCUACAGGAAGAACAUCGAUUGGUGCUGGAAAGGUGCAAAAAGCUUGAAGAUAGUUACUCGACGCUGCAGGUCGAGUACGCCAAAGUGAAAUCCGAUAACGAAAGGCUCCAGGGUGCGUACGAAGAGCUGCAGGAAAAUUACAACAACGUAACGGCGAAAAAUUUCAACGCUGGCAAAUUUUUGGUAUACUUAAAGCUGAAACGCCGCACCGACAAAGAAACGCUGGAGAAGCGCAACAUAAUCAAGAAUGAAGCUUGCUUCAACACCUACCUGCAGGAUGUCGUUAUGCUGGACCAUCCACGAAUACCGCGGGUCAUUCACGAAUGCAUCGCGGUGCUGGAAUCGAACGACAAGUUUAUGAAAAGUCCCGGUCUCUACCGUGCGUCGGGCGAUCAUAAUGCGAUACAGAACCUGCGGUACGACAUCAAUGCGAACAACUACAAAAGGCUACGCAAGCAAAAAUCUCCCCACGAGAUAUGUGGCAUACUAAAGCUGUUUCUGCGCGAGCUUAAGGAUCCUAUAAUAUCGCUGGAAACAUGUGCAGAGUAUUUUCCGGAUGAGCUACAAAUGAAAAUCGACACACGGUCAAAAGUUGUACAGUUGAUCAACAGUUUGGAUGCAGUAAGACAAAAUACGCUCAAAGUCCUCAUGAAACACCUCCGGACUGUCGCUGCCAUAGAGGAAAACGAGGUGGACAUUUUCAGCUUGAGUUUGCUGUUUAGCUCACUUAUCUUUAACGAAACACUUGGGGAUGUGUGUCCGGUAAAGUUUCAAAAAUUGACCAGAUUGUUUUGGUUUAUAAACGGUUCCGUGAUGUUCUACUGGUUGGCUGCGUUGGGUGUGAUUGCCGCUGUACUCGCAGUGUUUGACUGGAAAUUCAAAGCGUACGAACAUUUGCCAGGCCCUAGACGAUGGCCACUCAUCGGUAACGUUGUAUCAUUUCUCGGUGCUGGUCCCGUAGAAAUAUUUGAUCAACUUAUCGCAUUUGCUGCCACUUAUGGCAAAGCGUACAAGCUGGACUUUUUCUACGACUAUACCAUUGUUUACUCCUCACCGGAAGCAGCCGAGGCAAUUCUAACCUCUCCCGCGUUUGCUUCAAAAUCGCAAGACUACGACAAGGUGUCGGAAUGGAUCGGCAAUGGAUUGUUGAUAUCGCGGGGACAGAAAUGGUUCACCCAUCGGAAAGUCAUAACGCCGGGGUUUCAUUUCAAAAUACUAGAAAACUUUGUGCCCGUAUUUAACCGGCAGGCCGAAGCGUUUUGUGCAAAGCUGGAAACCUUAUCGCAGCGAUCUACUGAAGCUGUAAACAUCUUUCCCGAACUGAAAUUGCUUACACUGGGGAUCAUCUGCGAGACAGCCAUGGGUGUCGGUAUGGAUGGUGAGCAACACGACACCCAGCAAGCCUACUACACACAGAUCGUGGAAGAGCUAAGUUCCAUUCUGUACUGGCGGAUGUUUAAUGUGUUCGUUAACAUUGAUGCGCUGUUUCGAUUGACGCGCACCAGUAAGCGUUUCGAUGAGCUCGUGAAGAAAUCAUGGACCUUUACGCUGGAUAUGAUCGACAAGAGGCGUAAGAUAAAUCAGCUUGAGGAACAGACCACUGGCAGGGAAGAGGAGAACGAGGAUGACUCUUUUGGUAAGCGAAAACGUGCCCUACUGGACACGCUGCUGGACGCUCGUAUCGAUGGUAAACCGCUAACCGAUGAGGAGAUUCGCGAGGAGGUGGAUACAUUCACUUUCGCGGGACAUGAUACAACUGCCUCGGCCAUGACGUUUAUACUGUACAACGUAGCAAAACACCCAGCCGUUCAGGAGAGAAUUUACCAGGAGAUAGUGACCGAAAUAGGUGUCGACUUUUGUGAGCUUUCCUUGAACUCACUUAACAAUCUUCACUACAUGGAGCUGGUCAUCAAGGAGUCGUUACGGCUUUUCCCACCAGUUCCAGUGAUAGCGCGCAUAGCAACCGAAGACACCCAACUGCUCUCGGACACGAUAACACGCGGUACAAGUGUGGCGAUUGACAUCUUUACCAUGCACCACAGUGAAGACUACUUCCCCGAUGCGGAACGGUUUGAUCCGGACAGGUUUGUGGGUGCGCGUUCUACGCAAACGUUUAAUCCCUACACGUACAUUCCGUUUAGUGCUGGCAGUCGGAAUUGUAUUGGGCAAAAGUUUGCUCAGUAUGAGUUGAAAACAACGCUGGUAAAGCUCUUGCAGCGGUUCCAGAUACGGCUGAACGAUGCGCACUAUGUACCGACGCUGAAGGCAGAGAUUGUACUGAAACCGGCGGAAGGACUGCCGUUGAAGUUUAUCAGAAGAAGUGUUUGAAUUUUUAGAGU